UUCCACCACACCCUUUUAAAAAAAUGUCUUCAGACCUAACAAAUGAUAACAUCUAUUGUUAUGAAUGUUUUUCCUUCCACAGUGUGGCCUUGGAGAUAUAUUAUCUUAUCAAGAAAAGAGAUGGAAAUAGAACUCUCGAAAUAUUUAACGAAGAUAUAUUCCCACUUUAUCGAGACAAGAUUCCGGGAGUACGCUUUAUGUUUGAUCCUGCACACAAAGUAAUCUACAGAUUUAUGCUUACUUUGUUUCGUGUCAAAAGACUAGAGGCUGACUUAGCAAUCAUAAGUUUGGUUUACAUAAAAAGACUUCUAGAGUAUGCUGAUAUCAACAUUUGUCCAACCAACUGGAGGAGGAUUGUCUUGGGAGCCAUUCUUCUUGCCAUCGACAUUUGGAUCGAUGUGACUGUGGACAAUAAGGACUUAUGCGGGCUCUUUGAGAAAAUGACAGUGGACAAUAUGAAUGAGUUGCGAAGGUACUUCUUGGAGCUAAUUAAUGCUAAUAACUAUGUUCCUCUAAGUGUUUAUACCAGAUACUACUUCUAUCUUCGUGCCUUGGCAUUCAGGCAUGGCCUGAGUUUGCCAUAUCACCUUCUUGAUAGAGAAAGAGCAUGGGAUCUGGAGGCUUUCUCAAGGAUGGAACAAGAGGAAGUGUUCUAUACUGCUCGAAAGAUGGGGUCUUUGAGUGUUGAUGACUUAACUCGUCUUCAGCACACUAAGGCCGUCCUCUCCUGAAGGAAGAAAUGAGGGGUAAUGUAACAUCUGAGCCCCUCACCAAAAAAGACAGGAACAUACCACCUCUCCUGCUACAUAACUACACAAGUUUGUAUUUUCGAAAGAAGAAAUACCUCAAUUCAAGUUAACUCAAGGACAACUAAGAUUGCACUUUAUAGUAAAGAAUGGGACCUUGUCAGGGCAACAACACAGUCUUACACUCUUCUGUCCCUUUGAAUGUAAACAGAGUCAUAGAAACCACUCCAAAGUGAAGCCUCCUUCUGCUCACUCACAGAUGCUUUAGUGUGUCGGCUGAUAGCUGUGAACUGUGUCAGCCUUUUUCUGUUUUGUUUUCAGAUGAGUCUCUGUUACCAGGCUAGGGGGCAGUGUUUUUUAUGGAGGAGCGAACAACAUGAGAAGGAAGGUGGGAGGAAGAGUGGAGAAUGGCAAAAUCAGAUUCAGACUUAGGGGAUGUUUCACCCAGAAGUCAGCCUGUUCUUAGGAGGGGCAUAAACGGGGUUUGUAUGUUGGCUCAGACUGAAGGCAGAGCAGAGUCCGGGAGCUGGGGAAGGAGAGAAACUUAAGCACAGUUGUGAUGGAAUUCCUGGAACCCAGGAGGCAAAGGUUGCGGUGAGCCGAGAUUGCACCAG